UGUGUGUGUAUUAUUUUAUUGUGUGCGCUUCUGCGGAUGUCGAGCUGCGGUGUGACAGUGGGGUCUCCAUUGUUGUCAGUCCGGAGUUCAGAGGUGCUUAAGCGGCACUUUUACCGGGGCAUGGCGGGAAGGACGGGACUCAAGACCGGGCUGUGAGAGUGAAGGAAUCCACCGGAGAGACAAGAUAUUGUCAUGAAGAAAGACAUUGAGACUUUAAUUGCUGAAGAACGAGCUGACAUCCUUCAAAAAUAUGCUGCUGGUCGGCAGGGAGGGGUGGAGAUUGACCCCUGGGAGGAUGGCGACUACGACAUCUACAAAUCCGUCGACCGCUUCGGCUUCUUGCAUGAAGAGGAGCUGCCUCCCCCCUCUGCUCAAGAGGAGAAGCUCAAACACGUGGAAACUGAGCGGGCGGAGAAGUGGUUGAAAAUGAUGAAGAAGUGGGACAAAUACAAGACCAGCGACAGGAUGGUGAAGCGGGUUUACAAAGGGAUCCCCCUGCAGGUCCGAGGUCCAGUCUGGUCUCUGAUGCUGGAUGUGGACGCGACUAAGAAGGAAAACGAAGGGAAAUAUGAGAAAAUGAAGCAUCAAGCAAAGCUCUUCUCUCCAGAGAUUAAGCAGAUUGACUUGGACAUCAAUAGAACGUUCCGGAAUCACGUCAUGUUCAUGGAUCGCUUUGGGGUCAAGCAGCAGUCGCUGUUCCAUGUCUUAGCAGCAUAUUCAGUCUACAACACAGAGGUGAGUUACUGUCAGGGCAUGAGUCAGAUCGCCGCCCUGCUGCUCAUGUUCAUGAACGAGGAAGAUGCUUUCUGGGCUCUGACGCAGCUGCUGACCGAUCACAGACAUGGGAUGCAUGGAUUUUUUGUUCCCGGCUUCCCAAAACUUCAAAGAUUCCAGGCGCAUCAUGAUCAGGUUAUUACUAAACUGCUGCCUAAGCUGAAGAAACAUCUGGAUAAGGAGCAGAUGUCUGCAGGGAUCUACAGCACCAAGUGGUUCAUGCAGUGUUUCAUUGACAGGACGCCGUUCACACUCACACUGCGUCUGUGGGAUAUUUUCCUCCUGGAGGGGGAGAAACUUCUGACAGCAAUGUCCUUCACAGUCCUCAAGAUGCACCAGAAGCGCCUCCUACAGAUGUCUCUGGAGCAACUACGUGACUUUCUCCAAGAGAAAAUCUCCCACACGUUCUUCUGCAGCGAUGAUGUCACCAUCCAGCAUCUGCAGGUGGCCAUGGCGCAGCUCCGCAAAAUGAAGUUCGACCUCCCCCCGACAGGAAAACCUGAGGAGCUUCCACUCCGGCCUCUGGGUCAGGAGCUUUCAGCACCGCUCAGUCCAGUUGAGGCAUCCAGACGAAGAUCCAGAGCAGACUUGAGCCUUCACAUAAUCUCUCACCAGCAGGACUCGCCAGACCAGAGUCCCUACAAGGACCCGAAAGACCUUGCUGCAGCUGAUGAAUGCGCCCCACUACCAUCCCCAGACCCCAUCAUCAUCCACACUCGGAUGCACCUCACUCCGCCUGGCUCACCCCUGGCAGGGCCGCCUCCAUACCAGCCGAUGGAGGACGCGCAUACCAGCCAGAGGGUUCCACGGACCUUCUCUGCUCCAGUUUCCAUGGUCACGUCAACACCCUCUUUGGCUUUGACACAGUCUGAGAGUUCUGCAGCAGCGGAGGGUUCGAGUCUCUCUGCCGACAUUUACCAGGACCAGAACUCCAUCCAGACUGGACCGUAAAUGGUAAACUUGCCAUUCAUUUAUUUAAUAUUGUGAGUUGUUUUUAUACUUCAAGCAAAAAAAAAAACUGCCGCCAUUACAUUAAAUUAUCUCUUGAGAUCCUGCUGCUGAGACUAAAUUAUUUGUGAUUUAGAAGAAAAUUACAUUCAUAAGCAAUAGUUCUGUCAGUAUUGAUAUAAAAAAUGAAAUAAUUCUUCCAUUUUUGUCAAUUUAAAAAUAUUGAGUUGACCUUGACCACAUAAGCCAGAUUUUUUUUUAGCUCAUCGUGUGUAGAAACAAAACAGAAACCUGUUCACAUUUACACCUGUGGACCAAAAGGUUUUCAGGGGCCACCAGAUGACACUGUCCGCUGUAAAAUGUUCGGACUUGAACAAUAAAUUCAAGUGUUCAAAUCAUUUCUAAACCAAGAGCGCCAUCUCGUGGCCUUUGACAAUGAGGACUCUGUUUCAUCAGCCCUGCAAUUCUGUUUCAUGAUACCUCAUCGAGUCAUCACACGAGUGAACCCCGGGUCUUGAGUUUGACAUGUGAUUUAGACAGCUGAAUUGUAAUGUAAAAGCCUUGGUGGCCACGGUUUUCUGUCUGUCUUCAUCUCAACAAACGUCACCGUGCUACAUGCAUGAGUAUAUAUCCUAUUUCUGUAGUUCUAUUUGGACGACAUUAUAUAUUAUACUGAGACCUACAAAUCUACCUCUGUUUGAAUGAUCAAAAUAAGAGGACUAAAUCAUCUAUUUACUUUAAUUUAAUGAAUUUACUCUCCAUCCAUAUCACCUUUCCACCCUCAACCCUCUUGUAUUAUAUUAUACAUAUAUUUGUUAUCAGUGGAUCUCAAGCGAUGUUGCCCUUUAUGACCAAAUGUUUGUAGUUUUGUACUAGACUGUUUUGUCUGCAUUUGUCAGCAGAGUUAUUUUUUAGAACCGACGUCUGGAUGCCUUAUUUGAUCAGACUCUCAGUGAGCUGGCUCACGUUCCCAACAUUUGAAACAAGUGGCUUCAUUUCCGUAUCGCUCUUUAGUACACGGUCUAGAAUCUUGCUGUCUUUUACUAGAACCACUCCUUUCAUAGUUUUCUAUAAGAACAGCGAUGUAAAUGUCACACAGCUAGUACUGUUGGUGCUUGAAGAACUGUUGUAGUCAGUUUGCAACGUGUCUUGAUUUAGAUCAGCUUUCUUCAUUCAAGUAGAAACGUUGGGUUUAUAAAGCACUGUUGCCUCCUUCUGUUAGCUUCAACCUUUGUACAGAACAGAGCUUCUAAUUGAUUGUAUGUACCAUUAUGCAACUUGAUUAGCUUAAUAAAAAAAUGCAAAUGUU